UGAAAAGAAUAUACGACGAAUAAGAGAGAGAGUGGAGUGGGCGACCUCAUUUGGGAUAACGGAGACCACUCAACUUAACAGUCUUCAAGCUUUUUAAGCAAUCCGGGCGAUCUCCAACCCCCACUGCAAACGACGGAAUGCUAAUGCUUGAAGCGGUCUCCACCGUCCGAUUUUCAAUCGGCGGCUUCGACCUGACAUCCUCCUCCCGUCGUCUUUCUUGCUCCGCCAACUUCGUGCCUCACAACAAAUUUCAAAGAUUGGCUUAUUUCUCCACUACGAGGAGGAAGAACACUUCUGUUAAGUACAGAAUUAGGGCAUCGGCUGAUGAACAGUCUAGUCCUAUAAGACAAAAGCCCUCACGGUAUCACCCGUUUGAGGAGAUAGAUGAACCAGAGCUGGUAGUUGUGGAUGGAGAAGCCAGACUUACACCAGCUGAAACUGCAAGGACUAUCAUUGAGGUGAAUAGCAAAGCAACAUUAAUGUUUUCAGGUCUUGUUCAUGAUGAAAUACAUGAGAACAUUUUCUGGCCAGAUUUACCUUACAUGACUGAUGAACAUGGAAAUAUUUAUUUUCAAGUGAAAAAUGAUGAAGACAUUCUGCAGAAUCUAGCUUCGGAAGAUAAUCUUGUGCAAGUGAUAAUAGGUCUGGAUACAGCAGAGUUGCUCAGUGAUUUGGAGUUAUCUGAAGCCGAAAUUGAUAUCAGUAUUCAGGACUCUGAUGAAGAUGACGAGGAUGAUGAUGAUGAAGAAGAUGGUGAUGAUGAUGAUGAUGAAGAGACUGAUGAUGAUGAUGAUGAUGAUGAUGAAAGUUAUAAUAAAGACUGGGUUUCUGUUCUUGAAGAUGAAGAUGAGGAUUCUGAUGAAUCAGUUGGGGAUUGGGCAAAAUUGGAGACAAUGCGUUCUUCUCACCCUAUGAAUUUUGCGAAGAAACUAGCGCAGGUUGUAUCUGAUGAUUCUAUAGAUUAUAUGGAUCAGCCUCCUGAUGGCCUUUCCAUUCAAGGCCUUCUUAGACCUGCUUUUAUUGAAGAGCACUCCAUCAUCCAUAAACAUCUUAAUGGGCAUAAUAAUAGUAAAUCUGGCAAUAAAUCUGACAAUUUGACGAAGAACGACGUGGAAGGAAAUGUUAAAGACCAUGAUGAUAUCAUCAAUGGCCACAAACAUGAAUCAGGGUCGUCCCAAGAUAAUAACUUGAUGUGGGCAGAGGAAUUGGACAAGGAUGAACCUGUUGGAAAUGGAACUACAUUUUACAAGCUAGAAAUGAUUAAGAUUCAAUUGAUAUCUGCACAUGGAAAUCAGAUUCUUGUUGAAGUGACAGACUUUAGGAAAGCUCAACCAGAUGCUAUUGCACAUUCAUCUGCAAAUAUACUAUCUCGUCUUAAAGCUGGUGGAGAAAAAACGACACAAGCCCUGAAAGCACUUUGCUGGAGAUGUAAGGGCAUCCAAGCCGAGGAGGCAACACUUGUUGGCAUAGAUACGCUUGGCUUUGAGUUGCGAGUUUGCGCUGGAAGACAAGUGGAAACAUUUAGAUUUGCAUUCAACUCAAGGGCGUCGUCUGAGUACAGCGCCGAGAGACAACUGAAUGAUGUUCUAUUCCCGAGGACACAACAUAACAAGACCCAGAAAAAGAAAGAAGCUCAGCAAACAUCGGAAUAAUCUUAGUUUGUUGUAACAUUAACCUAACCUCUGAUCCUGAGAUCAUCGUCUGAGGUGGUGGUUGGUGUGUUUCAUUCAUCCUGAAUUGAGCCUUCAAUUUUAUUUUGACAAAGUUAUUUCAUUUCUUGUAUUGACCCAGAUUUAUUUUUAUUCAUGUUGUACAGUAAUUUAAUUUC